CUCAAGCUUUCUGCGUCUGCAUCUGCUCGUUUCUUGCCCAGCACGGUCGAUUGUCAUGGACGAACUGAUCUUCAGAGAUGAGUCCUCGUCCGACUCCCCGGUCGACCUAAGUGCCUCCCGGGUCCCGUCGAUCAUCGUCUGCAACACGGUGCUCAUCGUGAUCGCGAGCGUUGGGGUGCUGGUGCGUGUGUUCGUGCGGACCCAAUAUCUUUCGGGACUUGGGGCAGAUGACUUCCUGUGUAUAGCGAGUUGGAUUUUUACCCUCGCGCUAUGCAUUCUGUGUAUAAUGAUGACCAACUAUGGCUAUGGGAGACAUAUCGAAACGGUGCAUAGCGUUGCCACCCUGGAGAUGUUCCUCAAGCUUGACUUCGCCAGCAUGAUCGCCUACCUGAUGGCUUUGGGCACUGUGAAAUGCUCCUUUUGUAUCCUUUACCUUCAGAUCUUCCCGGGGAAAGCCUUUCGCAUUGUCUGCUGGAGCCUGGUUGCCCUGCUUAUGGCCGAAACGCUCGAAGAAUGUCUCGUGGUGGUUUUCCAAUGCUCGCCCAUCCACAAAGCCUGGGAUGCGGAGGGCGUCGUCAAGGGGAAAUGCCUGGCUCUGACAGCAUUCUACUACAUUUCGUUUGGAAUCAAGCUGGCGACCGACUUGGCCAUCUUUGCCCUACCGAUCCCGAAACUGGUGCAGUUGAACAUGACCCGAGGUAAACGUGCAGGAUUGGUGAUCAUGUUCGGACUGGGUGUUUUGGUCUGCCUAACGAGCAUUAUCCGUGCCACUUAUAUCAGCAAUUUUUCCCUGGACCACACCUGGACCCUGGUCAAUACACUAAACUGGUCCAGUGUGGAGGUCGCGGUGGCCAUUUUCAUCGCCUGCAUCCCCUCCUUCAAGUCACUGAUCAGCUUCCGGUUCCCCGCCCUGCAGCGUCUGCUCGGUCUCUCCAGCAAGGGCGACUCGACGGGUCGCUCGCGCAUGUACGGCACGUCUGGGCGGCGGACUACGCAUGGUCGGUCGACAGCUCACCAGAGCAUCAAGUUGGACACGGUGACAGGCCAGAGCCGGGCCGAUAUCGAGGCCAGUUUGAAUGGAUCGGAAGAGCGCAUUUUCCCCAUGCACGCAGGCAUUCAGAUCACGACUCAUGUGAGCGUGAAUCAGAGUGACUGA